ACCUGCUGGUUGAGUGCGGUUCAACGAAGCUUGAUGAUAUGUCCUAAAUAUUUCGUUUAUUUACACCAAAUAAACGAUUAAGAAGAACAACCGUGAUUGGGAGUUCCGGAUUUUUUCACAUGGAUUCAGCGAGGGAGACGAUUUAAAUAAAACAAAACAAGUCCCAGCACGACGUGUAAAGCUACGGUGAUGAUUCCAGUUCACUUUGAACUGAAGUGCUGUUAAGACAAGUUGGCUAAAGGUUUACUUUUGACUUUCUAGAAAGCGGGACUAACUCGUUUGCUGUACUCUCUUGUUUCGACACGAGCACACAGUGAGGCGGCUUUCGCUCGACUACGGGAGGUUAGUUAGCAACAGACUCCGUUACCUAAUGGCAGGACGCUAACAGGUAGCAUUAGCAUGGGGGGGGGGGGCGUUCUCAGGUUGCCAUGGUGAGGACCCACUUCAACCCCCCCCCCCCCCACCCCAGAAAACUUGGUCGAAUUUCCAACAUUUUAUUAUUUAAACGUUUGUAUACCCGCUCGCUUGACGACGAUCGACGUGUAAGUUGCGUUCUUGUCUUUCGAGUUCGUUUGUGACGCAGGAGUGACGACUGGGUGUUGUAACGUCUGCUUGCAUGCGAACUCUGCAUAGGUCAAUUUACAGAAAGACACCCAUGUAUCUCGGCCCGUGUUUAAACGCCGUCGAGUAGUAGCAAGUAAACACAGUAGGUAGUUUUAGCCCGUGGUUGGUUUAUAAUAUUUAAAAAAAAAACAAAAAAAAAAACGGUCCACAAUGUCAAUUUUGACCAUUUUUGUUGUUGUGGCUUUCCAGCUAAACGGGUGGUAACAUGGCAACCGGAGGCGCUCCGUUCGAUGGCAGCGCGGACGAGCUGCACAACUGGAGCGUCACCAACGCUAGCCUGGAGGACAGACUCAACAACACGGCCUGGGGCGGCGUGCAGCAGAAAAAGGCGAACCGCUCAUCAGAGAAGAACAAAAAGAAGCUGUCGGCUGCUGUGGUGGCAGAAAGCCGCCUGACCAACGACAUUUCACCCAAUUCUACCCCCUGGAGCGGCCGACGCAGACCACUGCAUAUCAAAUACACCAGCCAGCGCUCAGUCCCAGACCAGGCGGAGAUGGACAAGAUCCACCAGAGGAUUCACUUCUCGGAUUUGGACGAGAGCGUCGGUAGCGACUCCCAAGGCCGCGUCACGGCCGCCAACAACCAGCGGCAGCUAGCUUCAGAGAACAAGAAACCCUACAACUUCGUCCCGCUGCAUGUAAACACCAACAAGAGCAAGGAACUGCUGCUGCUACCGCCCGCCACCUCUGCCUCUUCCACGCCAGCUGUCGCCAAGGAAACCAAGAAGCAAAGCCUAGCAGGAAGGGACGCCUUCAGCCCCGGGGCUAACGCGAAGGAAACAAAAACGAGGCUGACGUGUGGCAACGCCGACAGAGUGGCGGCAGUACGCGCACACUGCGAGGGGGGAGAAGCCAGCGUCGACACAGGCCUGCUGGUGAGCAAGCUCUGUCAGAUCCGUGAGUACAUCGGCAAGGCUAGCUCCAUGCGUGAAGACCUGGUAGAGAAGAACGAUGUGCCGGCUAAUGUGGAGCGCCUCUCUCAUCUCAUCGAGCACCUCAAGGAGCAGGAGAAGUCCUACCUACAAUUCCUGCAGAAAAUUCUGGCUCGGGAGAACGACGAUGACGACGUUAGGACCCAAGAUUCUGCUGUGGGUUCUGGCUCCUUGAUAGAGAGCACCUCACUGAACGUCGAUGUGAGGUCUUCAGACGCAGCAAACACAGAGGGCGGCUGGCCCGACGCAUCCAUACGAGAACAAAAGGAAGAACUGGAGAACUUUCGCAAGCAGCACGAGCUGCUGAAGAAGAUGCUAGAGCAGCAGGAUCAGCUCAGGGCCCUACAGGGCCGCCAGGAGGCUCUGCUAGCCAUGCAGCAGAGCGCCGAACAAGCGCUUGCCGUCAUCGAGGACGCAGCAGUUGUCACGGAAACCACGGGCAGUGUCUCCGGCCUGAGCAUCACAUCAGAGCUCAAUGAUGAGCUCAAUGAUUUGAUCCAGCGGUUCCACAACCAACUACGGGACUCUAAGACCAAGUCGGUGCCUGACAACCGUCGUCAGGCAGAGAGCCUCUCCCUCUCCAGAGAAGUGAGCUGGUCCCGGGCCCCUCAGGUGUUGGGCCCGCCUCAGCACAGGCCCGUGCUCCACUCGGCAUCUGGGCCCCACAGCGGCCUCGAUGGCGGGGCAACGGCCGCCAGUGCCAAGCUCACGAAGCUCCAGGAGCUUCAAGACAAGAAGGAAACCAUGGACAAAAUCCUGCAAGAGCUGCACUCUCUCAGAGACCAGACGCUCAACAACAACUAUUGCGGUGCUUUGUCAACGCAGCGCAGUUUGAGCACAGGGGGCUCUUCAGACUGUCAGUCUGCUAUUUGCUCAAAUGGAGCCGUGGCUGCUGCUUCCUUUUAUCCCUCGCUUCCACCACACACAGAGAGUGCCAACUCCACAGACAAACUCAGAAAGCUGAAGGAGGUCCACAAGCGCCUUAACGAGCUUCGGGAAUUAGUGCAGUACUUUCAGCAGACAUCGGAUAUGAUGGUGGAUGCGGUUAACGAAAAUAUGAGGGAGGAUGAGGAUGAGGAAGCAGAGGAGGAGGAGACAGAGGACAGCUCCAUGCUUGAGGCCAUGUUUGACUCUGAGCAAGAGAAUAGCCAGCCACCAACUAACAUCAGGAACUCACGGUGCAGUGGAAACUGGGGUGACUUGAACAGCCUUGCCAACCGCCGCGGCGUCUCAAGUAGCACCACUACGAACACCAAUAAUCGCGACAGUAGACUCAACACUGAGAUCAACAACCGGUCAGCGGCCAACCUCCGCAGCUUUAAUAUCCCCUCAGCCAUUGAGUGCCAGUACAACAGGGAUACGGCCUACAAUAGGAUGAAGGAUGAAGAUGGUCACAAUAACGAUGGCGGUGCCAGUGUUGGCGCCCGGCCCGCAGGUCCAGACAUCGAGGUGUCGGGCUCGAGGUCAAGCAGCAGCCUGGCCAACGACACAGGCUUCUCCCAGAAGGUCCACCAGCAGAAAUCCAAGCAGAAGUUACGCCAGUUGCAGGAGCUUGUUGCUAUGGUCCAGAGCGACGAUACAGACACCACGACAGCCAAUGAGGAGGAAGCUUUGCAACAUCAGCAGAAUAACACUAGAGUUAGUGUGGGGGGACCACCAUCUGCUGGACCCAAACAGGAUCCCCGGGGAUCAGAUGCAGCUCUCUACAGCAAGGCCAGGGAGAAGAUCUACAAAGAGAAGCUUCGUCAGCAGAAGCAGGCGCUCAAGCAGCUCCACGAGGAGCGUCAGAUGCUCGGUGAGAUCCAGGGCAAGAUCCAGGACCUCCAGUUGACGUGCCCUGACCUACAGUCCUCACUGUCCAGUCAAGUGAGCGAGCAGGGUUUGAUGUGGAAGGUUCCGGGCGCGGCUUCAACGCCAGCCCUCGCGCAACCUUCCUCAUCAGCUGUGGCCAAAAGCAGCCCAGCUGUGCUCAAGGCCACCGCUCCAGAAGCUGACACUACUUCAGUACCUGAUAACGAGCAGCUCUGGUCGGAGAUGCGUCGCCACCAGAUCGUCCGGGAGGAGCUGCGGCAGCGGCGCAAGCACCUAGAGUCCCUAAUGGUGGAACAUCAGAGGCGCAGCGGCCUCGCCGAAUCCCCCUGCGGGACUGACGAGCAAGCGGGUCCCUCCCUGCUCGCUGGUAGUCGGGAUGAAAGGACUAUGGCCACCUGGGGCUCCACUCCGUGCAACCUGGAUGAGGACGAUGACUACCACUCCGAGCACAGCGCGGAGGAAGAGGACAGCUCAGAAAGCAGCUCUGCGGACGAUGGCCACAUCGUCACUGCCAGCAGGAUUCACUCCAUUUACACCAAGAGGAAAAACCAAGAAUGUAACCCAGAGCCUCCAGCAGCCUUUUUCUCUGAGCAUGCGUCUCCUCGUGUUAAGACCAAGCAGCAACAGCCGCAACCGCCCAGAAGUUCAAACAAGUCUGCAAGCCAGCCUGCAACUGCAAGACGUCAGGAGAACCUAUGCUGGGCCUCUGAGCUCUCUGUGGCCGAGGGCUCCACCCACUGGCAGGAGCAGAUCAGCCAGCUGCAGAGACAGCUGGACUUCAGCACCAACAUGUGUCAGACGCUGCUGCAGGACCAGCAGAUGCUGUCGUACAUGCUGCAAAGCUUGAUGACGGGCUCGUACAGCGUGAUGCCCAACAACCUGACAUCACCGCAGGUCCACCUGCUCAUGCACCAGCUCAACCAGUGUUAUAUGCAGCUGGCUUGGCAGCAAACCAAUGUCCAGAGACUGAAACAGGUGCUGAAUGAGCUCCUGCAGCAGCAGCAAGAGCCACAACACCAACAACACCUAUCCCCUCCAGCUCCAGCAGGAUUUAGCCUCUUCCCUCUCUUCCCUGCUACCAUGGGCGAAUUCCCUCAGGGUGCAGCAAAUGCUAAUCAGGCUCGUCCGGACCAGCAGAAGCAGCACUUGGAUGCCAGCACCUCCAUCAAAACGGAGUACAUGGGUUUCCCUCCCCCACUCCAGCGCUCACCUCUUAACGUCACUACCGACGGACGACCCACGGGCUGGUCCAACAACACCUUCCCAAACAACACUGUACCGCAUCAUCCGCCUGCAACAGGGGAGCGCCUCCCUUCUUUCUCCCCUCCCUCGCUCCCCUCACCACAGCGACGCUGCAGCCCUCCGAUCGAGUGCGAGCGGGCCUCGGAGGCGAGUUUCAGCAGCUUGCCCGACAGCGCUGAUCCUACCACCGUCACCAAGACCUUUAAAACCGGGCGCAAGGCCUCCGCCCAGGCCAAUCUGGCCUCCCGCAGCAAGACGAACCGUCGCAAGAGGGGCAAAGGGCCCAAAAGGAACAAUGAAGGUCUGGAGAGUGACAGCCUGAGCAGCACUGCAGACCUCGACCAAGAGAGGGCAGCAUCGUCUCGUCACAAGGAUCAGCAUCUGUUGGACAAACUCACACAGGAGAAACUCAACAGCAAAACCAAGCUUGGCAACAAGCCAAAUGACAUCUCCUCUGCCUAUGCUUGGAGAACACCCUUCCUCUCUAACAGAAUUGCAUGCACAGAAGCACCAGAUGCAAGCAGCGACUUCUCCUUGUUCGAGGCCCUCAGGGAGACCAUCUACUCCGAGGUGGCAACGCUGAUAUCCCAGAACGAGUCGCGGCCUCACUUUCUCAUCGAGCUCUUCCACGAGCUGCAGUUGCUCAACACAGACUACCUGAGGCAGAGGGCGCUCUAUUCCCUGCAGGACUUGGUGACCAGGCACCUGGCGGAGAAGAGCGCUUCCCAGGAGAUGCCAGCCCUAGGUGCAAUGUCUUGGGCCGGGGGCUCUCAGUCUGAGCUGACGCCCAGCGAGAGCUCGACGAUAAGCGACGCGGAAGUGGUGGAGAAGAACUUGAAGAAGAGAGACGACAUGGAGUCUGUGGGUAAUGACAGCACCUUGUCUUCUACCAACCUGGAUCCAUUUUCCAAGGAUGAUCUGGGCAACACAGUGAUCCACUUGGAUAAAGCUUUGGCCAGGAUGCGGCAAUACGAGCGCAUGAAGCAGAAAGUGGACACGAGCACCGCCGGUGACUCGGACCUCUCCAAUGUUGAACCCAGUGCUGCAGCUGAUGCUCCAGAAGCCAUGGAUGGAGGGGCCUCAGGUGACGUGCACUCUCCUCAGAUCGACACCGUGCAGCUCAAUCGGCAAAUUAAAGACAUCAUGACGGAGGUCAUUCCCUUCCUCAAGGAGAACAUGAACGAGGUGUGCACGCCGCAGCUGCUGACAUCGCUGCGCCGCAAGGUCCUGGCACUCACGCAACAGAACGACGAGAGCAAGGAGUUUGUGCGCUUCUUCCACCGGCAGCUCGGGGGCAUCCUCCAGGACUCCCUCAGUAUCUUCAUGGGCCAAACCCUUAAGGACUGUGGCGAGGACCUACUAGUGGAGGUCUCGGACAUCCUCUUCAACGAACUGGCCUUUUUCCGACUCAUGCAGGACUUGGACAACGGCAUUGGCACCUCUCCGGAAGCCAGGCAAAACAAGAUGACGAAGGAUGAGCAUCCUCCUGACGCCAAUCACACUUUGAAGAAAACCACAGCAGUUGAAGUUAAUGCGUCAGGCUCUCCUGAUGAAGACAAGGAUAAAGACGACACCGAGCAGGAGGUUGUUGCUUCUCACCUGCCGAUCGAAAUGAAAAGCCGCAAUGACGAAGAAGAAGAGGAAGAAGCUGAUGGUGGAGCCAUGCCACUAUCCAUCAGGCUCUCCAAAGCGGAGACUCAAGCCCUGAACAACUACGGCAGCGGCGAGGACGAGAAUGACGAAGACGACCAAGAGCCGGAGGAGUUUGAGGCCGGGCCUGUGGACGUGCAGACGUCCCUGCAGGCUAACGCGGAGCAGGAGGGCGAAUCGGCCGGUGAAACCAAAGAAACUGACCCGAAAUCAGCCAACAAUAACGUAGAGAACAGCGAGUUGUCAGUUGUAGCUUUGACUGACGAUGAACCCGCCGAGGUGGUGAGUCAGAACACCCAUGAAGAGGAGGAGCCAGUCUGCGGUGCUGUUGCUGCUCCAGAAGGAAGUAUCAGAAGCUCAGAAGUUCACACGUCCACUAAAGACUCCAACACCACCAGCACCCCCGACACUGAAUCCCCCGUCAUGAUCAAUGUCGAUGAAGCGGGCUCCGGCAACAGCAGCCAGAGGACAUCGGACGAAGACGACUUUGUCAAAGUGGAUGAGCUUCCUCUGCAGCUGCCUGUCAAGUGCCAGGAGGAGCUUCACAAGCGGAUCUCGGACGAGCAGCAGACCAACGACCUACGCGUGGAAAUCCUCAGCGGCGAUGCAGAAACACCGCCGGGGCUUGUGGGAAAUGAGCACCAUCUUAAGGAACCAGAAUCGGCUGAAUAAGUCAUGAAGUGAACCGUCUCCGAAUGACCUUGUGUAGGUUUUCCACCAUUGAUUUUGUUCCUCUUCUGUUUAAUAAGUUGUUUGUAAUGAUACUUUAAAAACAAAUAGUAUAGUCUUCUAGCACCUACGUUUGUAGUUUUUGAUGAGUGUCUGGUGCGGGCUGGGCUCAAUGUCAACUCUGCUGACAAGUUAAAAUCUAUAUGAACAUUUUUCAGUCAUUAGUUUGGACUGUGAAUUCGAAAGGUUCCUGCUCUCAAGUCCGAAUUGUCUUUUAUCGUGUUGUUCUGCAAACUGACUUCCAUGUUAUGACUGUUACGGUUUAAAUAAAAUGUUGGGCGUUUUAACGAAGGGUGAGGUUGCUUUUU